CUCCGAGUGAAAACUGAGAUAGUGAGGAAAAGCAACUGGAGCAAAGACCAUGGAGGGAGGAAGCGGGGCUCGUUAGCCACUUCGCUAGUUUAAGGCGCUUCUUUCACUUUUGCCUGCACGUUUCAGAGCGCGUGAAUGUGGCGAUACCCGAGGCGUCAUUUCGCGGCCGGGAAACGUCGUAAAUCACAAGGAACGUUGAGCGACAGCGUGACGGCGGACGGUUAGCCUGCCGCGGCUAACGUAGCCCGCCUCGGCUAGCAAGAAAGGACAAAAACAGGCUACUGGAAAAGAAGUUACGGCUACAAGUGGCGCCGCGGGGAAAAGCAACUAGUAAUGUCGCCUCCUGGGAUUAACUUCAGAUACGGAUGAGAGAGAUUUCGGCGACUGGGGAACACCGACAACGACUGAGAGCCAGACGACCACUGCUAUGUCGGGGUCGAUUCGUGGCUCUGGCAGCCCAUCUGAGUCCCGACGCUGGCCACACUCGGUGCUGUGGAGGUCGGGGGGCUUCUUCUUCCUGCUGCUGCUGGAGGGGACCGGCUGCCUCGCCAGCCCGAGCAUUGCCACGGGCGUCGCGACCAACACCAACAACAACCCCCGUGUCAACAUAUACAUGAGUGUGGAGGAGGUGAAGAAGCUUUUAGGCCUUGAUGCGGAGCUUUACUACGUGCGGGACAGUGUCGUGAAUCAUUAUGCACUCUCCUUCACUCUGCCUGUGCCCAGUGACACCAACAGUCUUCAUUUCACGUGGCACUCCCAGACAAAGGUUGACUACCGGCUUGGCUUCCAGGUGGAGAACCCUGUCGUCAUGAACCAUCCACAGAGCAACGUCUCUAGUCAGGGGGAGGUGCCUCAUCUUCCUUCUGUCUUUAGAGUGGACCUCUUCUGUUCUGGCAAAGUGGAUGGAGAGGCUGUUGUUACGGUGCAGCUCAACAUGACCCUUCACGCCAACAACUACACAGUACUCAACUUCAAGCGGAGGAAAAUGUGCUAUAAAAGAAUAGACCCUGAUCCACAGAUUCCCAUCCCUUUCAAUAAUUCCGCUAGGCCCGAAUUACAUGGUGCACCCACCCCCACCACCUCCACCCAGGUGUUCUACAUAAGUGUGAGUGUCUGCUGCAUUGUUAUCUUCCUUGUGGCAAUCGUCCUGGCCAUCCUGCACCUACACAGCAUGAAGAGAGUAGAGAUGGAGGACAGUGUGAGUGACAGUGGAAGCUCGCAGGGCUUGUCUCAGCCAUCCACUCAGACCACACAGUACCUGAGAGCUGACACUCCAAACAACGCAACACCUGUCAGCAACAACCACCCUGGUUCUGCACCCAUACUCCAGCUUGCUGCCUCCUCCUUCCAAAAUCCCGGUGUCCCCCCUCAUGAGACCAAAAGUUAUCCAUCUCUGCGCAUAGAGAAGAACGACCUGAGAAGUGUUACUCUAAUGGAGGCCAAAGCUAAAGUGAAAGAUAUCGCCAUAUCAAGGGAGAGAGUCACACUGCGAGAUGUGUUGCAUGAAGGCACAUUUGGCCGCAUCUUCCAUGGCAUCUUGCUGGAUGAAAAGGACCCCAGUAAGGAAAAGCAGGUGUUUGUGAAGACAGUGAAAGAUCAUGCAUCUGAGGUGCAGAUAACCAUGAUGUUGACUGAAAGUUGCAAACUUCGUGGGCUUCAUCAUAGAAACCUGCUGCCCAUAAGUCAUGUGUGCACGGAGGACGGAGAGAAGCCCAUGGUGCUGUUGCCUUUCAUGGCCUGGGGGAAUCUCAAGCUGUUCUUGCGACAGUGCAAGCUGGCAGAGGCCAACAACCCACAGGCUGUCUCUCAGCAGGACUUGGUUUACAUGGCCAUCCAGAUUGCAUGUGGAAUGAGCUACCUGGCUCGGAGAGAGGUCAUACACAAAGACCUUGCUGCCAGGAACUGCGUCAUUGACGACAACAUGCAGGUGAAGAUCACAGACAAUGCUCUUGCACGAGACCUAUUUCCCAUGGAUUACCACUGUCUGGGGGAUAAUGAGAACCGGCCUGUUCGCUGGAUGGCCCUGGAAAGCUUGCUCAACAAUGACUUUUCUAGUGCGAGUGACGUGUGGGCCUUUGGGGUGACACUGUGGGAACUGAUGACGCUGGGCCAGACCCCCUACGUUGACAUCGACCCUUUUGAGAUGUCUGCCUACCUAAAAGACGGGUACAGAAUAGCGCAACCCAUCAACUGUCCAGAUGAACUGUUUGCUGUGAUGGCUUGUUGCUGGGCCCUGGACCCAGAAGAGAGGCCCAAGUUCCAGCAGCUGGUUCAGUGUCUUACAGAGUUCCACGCAGCGCUGGGGGCUUACGUGUAAAAGCAAAAGCAAGUCCAAAAACGAAAGAUAAGCAUUGCUUAAAGCUUGUGGACGCUGCUCACGAGAACGUGUAUGAACUGGUGCCUUAUCGGAUUAAAGAGCAGACUUGCUGAAGAAUUUUUAUUUUGUACAGUAAUCUGGAGUUUUGAUAUAGUUGAAAUACCUUUUCACAGCAUAGCAACAUUAGAAGAACUUUUGCUGGAAUAUUCAUAUGCUUUGAAAGCGCCAAGAAAUGGCAUUGACAUCGCUCGCUAGUUUCAUGGAAAGAAUGGAAAUUGCUGUACACAACAUUUCUGUACAUUUUUGUGCCAAGGAACACUUUUUUUAAAUCCACAGUCUGAUAUAUGGACAGUAUUUUCUACCAUUUUAUAACUAAGUAAAACAGUGUAAAUUAUAGAUCUGGUUUGGAUGAGAAGAAUUCUAGGGCAAGAAGACUGAAAAAAUGGUACCAAAGUAGACUUUAAGGGCUUCAUUUGUAUAUUUCCCCAUAAUCUCAAGCUUGGUACGAGAGGCCUCUUGAAAACCACCGUUCCAUUUGUCAGUUUCACUUUGGAGACUUCCUCAACCUGUGGUACACCGUUUCCACUGGAUGAUGCUAACAACUUCUUGUGUUCUGCGGAUGUGCCAACACUCGGAGGAGAGGACAUUGCUUCUUUCAACCAGCAACAUCUAUCAGAUGUUUGGAAACCACAUAUAAACUUUACUUUCAAACUAAAUCCAGAGCAACCUUUGGACACAGUUGUUAUAUUGAAUGCCAUCACCUCCUUUCAGUUUUGUACUCUUCGAGGUUCCACCCCGGUGUGAAAUAUUAGAAUGACGUGUUUCUGUUUUCUAAGCUUGAUUGUUCUGCGUCAGAACACAGCUGAUUUAUGUAAGUAACUACAACACUACUAAUCACUGUGAACACACAAAGCUGACCGUCACCCUGGUCCUAAUCUAAGUCUCACACCUUUAAUAUCUUUGUGAUAUGUCUGUAUGGUCACUGCAUGUUAAAUUAGGGUUGUAAAUUGUUUCCUAAAUUCAUAUCCAGAAAUUAAAUGGGAUCUUUUGAAAAUUUAAUUCCUUUUUAGAGUGUUUCCCUCAUCAAAAAAUCCUACUGAAGCCACAGCUGAAGCCAAGGGUCUUGGCUCUUAGCUGUUCAUUAAUGCCAACUGUAUGGAUGAGCCUAGUGAGUAAAAAAAAUUUGUCUGCAAUGAUGCCCACAGACCAGUUUCACCCUGUGUAUGUAAUACAAGAUUCCUCUUAAAUUUUUAUUUUUAUUCGUUCCGUUGCUUCACAAUUGCUGCUUUUGGUUUAGCCUUAUUCAGCUUCAGUCUGAGGUUGAUGUAACAUCAACACUGAUUUUUUUUUUUCUGGAUUUUGAAAAGUUAUGCAAAAUCUAAUAUGUGUAGUAUCCGAAGAUUCAUUGCUUCACAAAUUAAAGUUGAAGGGAAAUCAAGCCUA